CUCUUCCCCCGAUUUGACGUCCCGUCCCAUCACGGCUCAACCACAUCAACAGACCUUCAAAACCGGGAACCGUCUUUUUUUUGCUAUUUAUUAGUUGAUUAAUUAUCAAAAUGGGAUCCAAAUCGUCAUCCACGGCCGUGGCCGACUGGCGCUUCGGCGCCGGCCGGACCGUGGCCGUCAUUGGUGCCGGGAUAAGCGGUGUCUGCGCUGCGGCUCAUCUGCAGAACCAGGGGCUUCAAGUGACCGUCUUCGAGCGCUCGAGUAUUGCCGGCGGCAUCUGGCACUACGACGACCGUGUGCCCGAGGACCCUCCGUACCCCAACCAGGCGCCCUCGUCGGGCGACUACAAGCUCUCCAAGCCGGGCGAGUUUGCCUAUUCCACACCUCCCCCGGAGUCCCAGGAUGAGAGAGACGGCAAAGGGCACGCCGCCGGCAGCGAAAGCGCAGAUGAUCUCGAAGUGCGCUUUGCGCCCCCAGGCCCGUGCUAUGCCGGACUGAAAAACAACAUUUCGACAAAAGUGCUGGUUAGCAGCCUAGGCCCUUGGCCCGAGAAUACCGAGCCCCACGUCAGCCAGGAGAUCGUCGAGCAAUACAUCCAAACACUAGCCCGCGACCAGGCCGUCGACGCCAUCACGCACUUCCACGCCCGCGUCGAGGAGGCCAAGAAAACGCCAGACGGGUCCAAGUGGGAGAUCCGGUCCGUCCUGCUGGUCAGAGACGCGUCAGGCCCGCGGCUCGUCGAGAGGCUGUCGUAUUUCGACCUGCUCGUCGUCGCCUCGGGCCACUACGGCAUGCCGCGGAUCCCCGAAAUCCAGGGGCUCAAGGAGUGGAAGGCAGCCUUCCCAGAGCACAUCAUCCACUCUAAGCGCUACCGCAAGCCGCACCCGUACCAGGGCCGGAACGUUCUGGUGCUCGGGGCCGGCGUGUCCUCGCUCGACAUAUGCCGUGAGCUCGAGGGCGUCGCCAACGCGACGUACCAGAGCGUGCGCGGGGGCCCAUUUGACACGCCCGCCAGAAUGUUGCCGCCGAACUCGAUCCGGAUUGGCGAAGUGGAGAAAUUCGUCCUGGGAAGCCCGUCCCCCGGAGAUACACAGUCAGCCGCGGGAUCGCCCAUCCUGGGGACCGUCGUUCUCAAGGACGGGCAAGUCCUCGACAACAUUCACGACGUGGUGAUUGCUACGGGAUAUGUUACGUCCUACCCCUUUCUGCCCCAGCUCCAGUCAGACACAGCACCCGUCACCGAGGCAGGCGAGAACCUGGUGGUGACUUCGGACGGGAGGAUGGCGCACAACCUGCACCGCGACAUAUUCUACAUCAACGACCCAACUCUGGCAUUCGUGGGCGUGCCAUACUACGUCUCGACCUUCUCGCUGUUCGACUACCAGGCACAGGCUCUCUCCCGCGUAUUCGCCGGCACGGCUCGGCUGCCGCCCAAGGAGACGAUGCGGGCAGCGUACGUGAAGCGUGUGCAGGAGAAGGGACUCGGCCGAGCAUUUCACGCCCUGCACCUGCCAGGCCAGGAAGUAGGCUACGUGCGCGAGCUCGUCAGCUGGGUAAACGAAGACGCGAAAGAGCUGGGCGGCGAGCCAAUGCGGGCACCGUCGGAGGCCUGGAUCAAGGAGUAUGACGAGCUCAAGGCGAAACUCGCGCUAAGUAGACUCUUCGACAAAGACCCAGUCGAGGCCGAGGCAGUCCAGAGUGCCUGAUUAGUAUUUACAGUGAACGCUUGAUUGGGUAUCAUAUUAUACGAUAGACUCCUUGCCUCUCUGCUGGGUAGGCCUUACACCUACAUUACGAAUAUUAUGAUCAGCGGUUUAUUAUUAGUUAUUUGCUCAAACAGAAAAUACCAGUUCUAAGUAGAUGCGAUGAGAGCUAAUAAAGUCCCAGAUGCACGACUUGCUU